AAUCAAUUUGCGGUGUUCCUGCAUGGUGUGGGGAUUUUUUAUCUUCACGCAUAAUCAUUGCUGAACUUGGAAGCGAAAGUAUUUAGGGGGGGGAGGGCGCAGCCAAGGGAACUUCAGAGGUGGAACCGAACCAAACCUCGAAGAGUUUUUCGAUGUGAGAUGUGAGCAUGAUGGUGCCGCCUUUGUUCCCUGUGUUUUGGGUUAAGAGCUCAAUGUUCCCCUCAAAUCCUCUCGACUUUGUUCUUUGCAGGCGCCACUGGUUGAGACUUGUGGAGCAAGAGCUAGGGUUAGGGUCAUUCAGGGGUGAAUAACGACCCCCAAGCCCCCUAACAAGCCCAACCCCCCCUGCCCCAGGAUCGAGACCCCCAACAAGACCCCCAACAAGACCCCGAAGAUGCGUUUUCUCUGCCUGCAUGGAAGGGCGACGUGUGCAAAGAUCUUCGAGAUGCAAACAGCAAGGAUACGCGAGGAGCUUGCCGAACACGACUUUGUGUUUCUCAACGGCGGCGUACCAAUGCAACCAGGUGACGGUGCAACAGAGGCUGGCGAAGACCUGGGCGGCGGCCUGUAUGGAUAUCUCGGGGAGCUCACCGACGUGAGCCAGUACCAAGACCUGCUCGACGGCCUCGUAGAUGCGGUGCAAAGCCAGGGCCCCUUUGACGGCAUUAUGGGAUUCUCCGAGGGGGGCAUCGUCGCCGCCACUCUGCUUCUCGAGGACGCACGGCGGCCGUUUGCCAAUUUCAAGUGCGGCAUCCUCUUCAGCGCCGCUCCUCCACUGGACCCAGACGACCUCCGGGCCGGCAUCGUCAGAUGUCUGGAUCCGGCCAAGGAUGGAGUGUCAGUCCAUGUUCCCACGGCUCACAUCUACUCGCACGAGAACGGCCCGACUGGUACUGGCACUGGUACUGGCACUGGUACUGGCAUUGCCAACGUGCAGUCGCCACUGAAUAAGCUCUGGUCCGAAGCCGGGUGGAGUACGCCAGAGCAGGUGCAUAAUUCCCUGGCGCGGCUUUGUGACAAUAGCCAGGUCUUUGUGCAUGAUCAUGGGCAUCAAGUGCCUGGGCCGAGGGAUCAUCAGGCGUUGAGAGGGGCUCUUCGAACGAUUAAUCGCACUGUCGAGAGUGCUGAUGGCUGAUGGCUGGUGGCUGGUGGUCGGCCCGAGGAGGAGAAUGAAAGACAGAAAUGUAUGGAGAAUUGGGAAGUGAUUCCCUACCUUAGGUAUUACAGACAUCUAGAGUGAAAGCCUGCAGAGCACUGGUCUCUGUUCAACUGAC